GACGCUGCGCAACUGCUGCUUCGACUACGGGGCCCAUGAGUGGCUGCUGAGCGAAGACGUGGACCUGCUGCCCUUCCUCCUGCUGCCCUUGGCCGGCCCGGAGGAGCUCCCCGAGGACGAGAUGGAGAGGCUGCCCCUGGACCUGCAGUACUUGCCACCCGAAAAGCAGCGGGAGCCCGACCCCGACAUCCGCAAGAUGCUCCUGGAGGCCGUCCUGCUGCUCACGGCCACCAAGAAGGGGCGGCAGCUGCUGCGGGCGAAGGGCACCUACCUGGUCCUGCGGGAGCUGCACGGCUGGGAGGCAGAUGCCGGGGCGCGCGCCGCGUGCGAGAAGGUCAUCCACGUCCUGAUCAGCGAUGAGCCCGAGGCCGGGAUGGAGAACCUCCUGGAGGUGGAGGUCCCUGCCGAGGUGGAGGAGCGGCUGCGGCGCCUGGACCGGGAGGCGGCGGAGCAGCAGCCGGAGCCGGGCGAGCAACCUGCCCUGUGCGCAGAAGGACUGCUUGGGUGAAGGCCGGCUGCGGCGUGGAAGAGAGCCGUUGGGUGCCUCCCUCUGCUCCAGGGGACCCCUCCGGCACCCCGUCCCGCAGCGCAGUGGCCGAGGAUGUGCCGGGGAUGCUGGGAGCAGAGCUGCCGCGUGGCUGCUUGGGCCGGUGGGGAGCAGCCUGCGCAUUCCUGACUGGACACCGCCCACGGGGGCGAAGGGGGGGUGGGUGGCCACGCUGAUGGGCUGCGCCCCAAUAAAUCGUUG